UUUAGCUUUCAGAACUUGGGAAUUCAGUGUGCGAAGAAGAAAGAGGUAAAAGAGGCAAUUCUACAAAGAAUUCAGCGAUGCCUGAACCCCUUUAAUGUUACACAGGAGCAGUUGCUUCAGAUAGAAGACAUUGACCUGAAUGUGGUGAGAUUGUGUUUCCAGGUGUUUCUUCCUGAUGAACAUGGCAGCUUCUCAAGAGCUCUUCCGCCGGUUGUCUCAAAUCCGAUAUAUGAUAACAGGGCACCAAACACAGCAGAGCUGAAGAUUUGUCGUGUAAACAAGAACACAGGAACAGUUAAGGGAGGAGAUGAAAUCUUUCUACUGUGUGACAAGGUUCAAAAAGAUGAUAUUGAAGUUCGUUUUUUCACUCAUGACUGGGAGGCCAAAGGUUCAUUUUCACAAGCUGACGUCCAUCGACAAGUUGCCAUUGUCUUUCGCACACCUGCAUAUUGCAAUACAAACAUUACUGAGCCUGUAUCUGUGAAAAUGCAGCUUCGAAGACCUUCAGACCAACAAGUCAGUGAAUCUAUGGAGUUCAGAUACCUUCCAGAUGACAGAGAUAACUGCUUUUACGAAAAAAGAAAAAGGACAGCAGAUGUUUUCCAUAAGUUGCUGCAGGAUUGGGCACCAUCAGAUACCACAGAUGUACAAUGUAUGCAAAACCAACCAGAUAAGAUCACAGUUGGUGUCCCCACUGCAAGAAGAGCCUAUGCUCUUUCAAACACCAUUAAGCAAGAGCCUCGGGAUGCUUUUAGUGGACUACAACAGGCACAAGUAAUGUCAAGUCAGCAGCAUACCAAAAGUGUGGCAAUGAACCAGAAUAAUCAUAAUUUUAGUAAUGCAGUUAUCAGCAAUCCAAACCAGAUUUUCACUUCUGGCCAACAAACAUUGCUAUCUACAACCACAACAGCAGGUACCCCUCCAAACUGGAAUCCACAUCCUUCUUAUAAUACUCUAAAAGGGAAUUUACAUUUACAUACUCCUGCAAAUCAUAAUUCACUGCCAGUACUUAAUGAAGAUGUGCUGAAAUGUUUGCAACCUCCUACGCGGAACAGUCCAGUAGAUUCAGUAGGGUUUCGACAUGACAUCAGCAACAAUGGCAUUGGAGCUCAACACAUUCAACAACCUGCUGUUUUAAGCACUUCUGAUACUUUGGUAAAUCACAACCCUCAUAUGCAUAUACUUGCCAGGAAUAAUGAUGUACGUUUGGUAGGUACAAACCAUGAACAAGCUGUACCCAUUCCAGAUCUAUGGGAGCUAUCGAGUCAGCGACACACACCAUCUAUUCAAGGUAUUCAAUUGCCUCAGAACACUGCUGCUAUCAAAACUGCUCAAGCAAAUGCACAAUUACCCAAUGACAUUCGUGUAGAGGGUGUCCUUGGACACCUGAACAGCGACUUACCUUUUAACGGAGGCAUGCAGAUGGCAGAUGGCAUGGCAAGUGAUGUGUUCAGUGUUGGUGAUAUUGAAGCUAAUGAUUAUAGGAAUCAAAUAGCUUCAAAGCAUGUAGACCUGGAUUUCAUGAAUGAAUUUCAGACAGAUUCUGGUGAUUUCAAUGAAUUAUUUCAGUCUUUUUGUUAGUAAAAAGAUGGUGAAUACGUUGGAUGUCUUGCCCCAUUCAAAAGAGGGCCCUGAACUCUCACUUGAUGGUGACAUGCCAACUGGUGAUAUUCCAGGAGGCAAUCUCCAAACCUGCUGUCCAAUUAAGGACUGGGCCAAUGCCUAUGGUUGGGCCUGCAACCCUGGAAAGAUGGCAGCCCACUAGCUAAGGUGAGUGCUGAAGCUGCAGUAUGGGGGUCUAUGAGGGUUUCUCAGUCUUGAAGUACCCUCUGAACAGCUCCCAUCUAACUCCCAUCUCAUUCUGACUUGAAAAUAUUUCCCUGAUCCUUCAUUGUCACUGGAUUAAAAUCCUGUCACUCCCUCCCUACUCACAGUUUGAUAUAUCUACACCACGUGGACUACAGUGAUUCAAGGCAGCAGCUCAUCAUUUGUUCUGGAGGGCAAUAAAUAUGUCAUGACACUCUGAUCUCAUGUAUUAAUAAAAUGUUUGAAUUCAAAAGAUACAAAUUCUGAUCACAGAGACUAGGCACCCUGAGGCAACCUUCUGAUCCACGUUACUCUGGUGGCGGCCAUCAGGAGGAGGCAUCUUUCAGGCUUUGGCCUCUGGCAAACGCCUAGUCCAUUCACUGCCAGGAGGAUCCCGAUAGCAGUCCCAGUUAGCCCACAACUGGGUAAUUAAUAUUCAAAUUGGCUAUCUACUCUGGCAAGGUGGAUAAGCAUUACCAGCAAUGACCCUUUUCCAUCAAGACUGCCUGGAGGUAGGAUCAUGGCAACCUUUUACUUGACGUGUGAAUUUCUUCCCAGUAAAGCUACAAGCCAACCUUGAAGUCCAUGUCUGUGGAACUAGGAAGAUGUCCACCCAUUUGCUACGGAUCACUUCGGGAAGAUAAGUUGUUGCUUUUAGAUGGAGGUUGGUUAGAAACAUUUAAAAUGAAGCUCAGAAUAGUGUUACACAUUAAAAGAAAUGAAUUGGAAGCAGUAUUCAAAAGAAAUGUUCAAUAAUAUUCCUCAAUCUUGGUGACCUUGCACCUUCAGAUUUUUAACAUAAUCUGUGCAGCAAAUACUGUAUUUUCCUAAUUAUCUAAUGGUAAUGCAUUUUUAUUUUUUACUAUUUGAUUUAAGUUCUCAAACCAAGUGAGAAAGUCUUAAAUUAGGAAAUUAGCUCAUCUUGGUGCAUUUUACACUGUAAAGUUGUAAAUUUACUUUUAUGUAGAAAGGGACUUCCCUUGAUGUUUGUAAUGACUGUGUCAAUCUAACUGUACUUAGCAUAUAAACUUUGCAAGAUAAGUUCUCAAUUUAUAAAUCAGAUUUAUUAGGGAAAUUGAAUGUAUGCCGUAUGGUCAUUUUGUGGCAUUUGAAUUUUUUGUGAUAUGGUUUUCAAAACAAUUGCUAGCAGAAGGAUAUUAUAAAUAGUUUUCAGGAUAUUUUCACAAUGGUUCUUGCUAUUAUGAUUUUGUUUUUGAUGUUUACAAUUACUGCUGACGUUGUUUAAUUUUAUAACUUUGUAACUUUUAAAUAAAAAAUAUUUCAACAUU